GGUGGGCCCUCGUCGCGGAGGCCGAGGCCGCGGCUUCCGAGGGGCUCGCCGCGGGCUGGGCGGCCAAUGCCGCAGCCGCCGAGGAGGCCGCCCUCGGCGGCCCCGCCGCCGGCUGGGGCGCGGUGGCGGCCGACGCCGCCGAGGCGGCGGAGAGCCCCGAGGGCCUCGAGGACGUCCACCUGGACGGCCUGACGGCCGACGCCGUCAGGCCGCUGACGGCCUCAGCGGCCAGGCGGAAGGCCCAUG